GAAUUUAGAAUUCAGAGUAGUUUUUUUGUUUGCUUGUUAACCGGCAAAAAUGGAAAAGUUUAAUAAAGCGCAGGCAAAGAAUUUGGCAGCCGCAAAGAAGCUUGUCGAUGCAUACGCAUCCAGUUCAGAAGAUGAGGGCGAAUUGGAUGAAAAACAUAUACUGGAUCUGCUCUACAAGCACUAUCAAAGCACGCCGGAUAACUCGAGCAAACGCAACGACAAUAAUGCCAAUCGUACGGCUACCUUUCUGGAGAACACCCUGCACUCGGGAGCGGCAACAUGUCUCAUUUGCAUUGGGAGCAUUCGGCGCGUGGAGCCAAUUUGGUCAUGCAAAUCAUGUUAUUGCUUCUUCCAUCUGAGGUGCAUUCAGCGCUGGGCCAACGAUAGCGUCAUGCAAAUGAAAGUCAAGGCAGAGCAGCAGAAUGGCAACCAGGGUCACUACAAUCAUCUCGGCGUGUUUGUGCCGCCCAAGCGUCCGAAAUCAUUGCACUGGUGCUGCCCGCAGUGUCGCAUGGAUUACCAGCCGUCGGAUCGACCCACACAAUAUGAAUGCUUCUGCGGCAAGGAGGUGAAUCCGGAGGCGCAACCAUUUCUGGUGCCGCACUCCUGCGGCGAAAUCUGUGGUAAACUGUUGCAGCCGAAAUGUGGGCACGACUGCAAGCUACUCUGCCAUCCCGGCCCCUGUCCACCAUGCGCUCAACUGGCGCACAGUUCAUGCCUCUGUGGCAAGUCGGCGCCACGCUCUGUGCGCUGCAUAGACAAAAAUUGGCAGUGCCAGCAAACAUGCCAAUCUCUGUUGUCGUGUGGCAAGCACAAGUGCAACCAAAGAUGCCAUCCACCUGGCCAGUGUCCGCCCUGCAGCAGCAAGAGCGCCCAACACUGCGAUUGCCGACGUGAGCAAAAAGUUGUGAAUUGUGCGGAGCCCAAAUGGAAGUGUAAAAACAUUUGUGGUGCUCCUUUUGCGUGUGGUCUGCACAACUGCGACAAGGUGUGCCAUGCGGCGCCUUGCGGCGGCGAGUGUCCCCUGGGUGUGCGCAGCUGCCCCUGUGGCAAGAGCUUGAAAACUGGCGGCUGCAGCGAGACGCUGGAAACAUGUGGCGACACCUGCCAGAAGCUGUUGCCGUGUGGCAAGCACAGCUGUGCACAACGCUGCCAUCGCGGACCCUGCAAUCUGUGCUUGGUGCGCACCAAGAAGCAGUGUCGUUGUGGACUGCACGAGAAGGAAUUGCCCUGCUCUAAGGAGUUCAACUGCGAAACCAAAUGCAAACUGAUGCGCGACUGCAACAAGCAUGCGUGCAAUCGAAAGUGCUGUGGGGAUCAGUGUCCGCCGUGCGAGAAGAUCUGCGGCAAGCAGCUGAGCUGCAACAAGCACAAGUGUCAAUCUGUGUGUCACAAUGGACCCUGUUAUCCCUGCAAGCUGACAUCGCAGGUAAAUUGCCGCUGUGGCAAGACCCGUCGCAGUGUGCCCUGUGGCAGAGAGAAAAGCGCACGCAUUGCUUGCCAGGAGCUAUGUCGCAUCACACCUAAAUGUCAUCAUGCCAUCAGGCAUCGCUGCCACAAGGGCGAAUGUCCACCGUGUGCUCAGCCAUGUGGCCUGUUAAAUGAUACCAGCCGCUGUGGACACAUCUGCAAGGCACGUUGCCAUGCAGCCAUACGUGUGCUCAAGCCAGCAGAUGCAGUGCGUCCGCAUGCCAAUAAGUAUGAAUACCACGCAGAGGCGCAUCCCCGUUGCGAGGAGGGUGUCAGCGUCACCUGUAUUGGCGGUCACGAGGUGGCCACCUGGCCGUGCUGGAACUCCAAGCCGUCGUCCUGCGCCCGCAAAUGUGGGCGCCACUUAAAGUGUGGCAAUCACAGGUGUGCGCUCUUCUGUCAUGCGGUGCCCAAUCCCGAUGAUAUGCAGCAACAGGCGGGCUGUGCUCAAUGCGAGCAGGGAUGCGCAAUUCCACGUCCUACCGGCUGCACACAUGCCUGUGCCAAGGGCUGUCAUCUGCCGCCCUGUGCGCCCUGCAGUUUUGUGAUGAAGACCAAAUGCCACUGUGGCCUCAAUCAGGUCAUCUACAAGUGCAGCGAAUUCUUCAAUCAGGAGGGAUCUGUGUUGCAGAUUAUGGAGCGACGCCAGAAGCUAUGCAGCUGUGGCAAUCGUUGCCUCAAGAAUUUUGCUUGUGGCCAUCGCUGCCUGACCAUCUGCCAUCCCGGCCUGUGUCCCAAUCCCGAGCUGUGCCGCAAAAAGGUGCGCAUUUUUUGUGCCUGUAAGCGGAUCAAGCUAGAGAUCGCCUGCGACAAGCAUCGAGCGGGUCAAACAUCCUUGGACUGCGAUGGCAACUGUCAAGCAGAACGCUCCAAGGCGGCGGCAACGGAACAGCAAGAAUUGGAGCGCCGUUUGCGGCAGGAGGAGGAAAAGAACCGUCUCGAGCUGGAGAAAUUCGAGCAAAAGUUUGGCAAGCGUAAGCACAAAGAGCGCAAGGCACUCGAUGUGGAGCCAACAAAAUCGGACAUCGACUGGAAGCGUUGGGCCAUCUGCGCGGUGGCCUUGCUUGCGGUUGUCGGCGCUCUCGCCGUGGCUUACUAUGCGGACAGUUAAGAUCAGUUAAGCACAAUACAGCUAUUAAUCAGAAAUGCCAAUGAAAUUAACUUUAUAUAAUGUCAUAAAUAUGUAAUUUACAUAAAACUUUUUUGAGUAUU